CGGGUGACGGGGACCGGGCGCGGCGGUGGCGGGGACAGCAUGGAUUGGGGCACCGAGCUGUGGGAUCAGUUCGAGGUGCUCGAGCGCCACACGCAGUGGGGGCUGGACCUGUUGGACCGAUAUGUGAAGUUCGUGAAAGAACGCACGGAGGUGGAACAAGCUUAUGCGAAGCAACUGCGGAGCUUGGUGAAAAAAUACCUGCCGAAGAGACCCAUCAAAGAUGACCCUGAAUCCAAGUUCAGCCAGCAACAGUCCUUUGUGCAGAUUCUCCAAGAGGUGAACGACUUUGCAGGCCAGCGGGAGCUGGUGGCCGAGAACCUCGGUGUCCGUGUGUGUCUUGAACUGGCCAAGUACUCCCAGGAGAUAAAACAGGAGAGGAAGAUGCACUUCCAGGAAGGACGUCGGGCCCAGCAACAGCUGGAAAAUGGCUUCAAACAGCUGGAGAAUAGUAAGCGUAAGUUUGAGCGGGACUGCCGGGAGGCAGAGAAGGCAGCCCAGACUGCUGAGCGACUAGACCAGGACAUCAACGCCACCAAGGCUGAUGUGGAGAAGGCCAAGCAGCAAGCACAUCUUCGAAGUCAUAUGGCAGAGGAAAGCAAAAACGAAUAUGCAGCCCAACUACAGCGCUUUAACCGAGACCAAGCCCACUUCUAUUUCUCACAGAUGCCCCAGAUAUUUGAUAAGCUGCAGGACAUGGACGAACGCAGGGCCACCCGCCUGGGGGCCGGGUACGGGCUCUUGUCAGAGGCGGAGCUGCAGGUGGUGCCCAUCAUUGCCAAGUGCCUGGAGGGCAUGAAGGUGGCCGCAGAAGCUGUGGAUCCCAAGAACGACUCCCAGGUCCUGAUAGAGCUGCACAAGUCGGGUUUCGCCCGCCCGGGCGACGUGGAAUUCGAAGACUUCAGCCAGCCCAUGAACCGUGCGCCCUCCGACAGCAGCCUGGGCACCCCGUCAGACGGACGACCCGAGCUCCGGGGCUCCGGCCGCAGCCGUGCCAAGCGCUGGCCCUUCGGCAAGAAGAACAAGCCUCGCCCCCCACCUCUCUCCCCCCUGGGGGGCCCCCUACCCUCGGCAUUGCCUAACGGACCCCCGUCCCCCCGCUCCGGCCGUGACCCCUUGGCCAUACUGAGCGAGAUCAGUAAGUCGGUCAAACCGAGGCUAGCAUCCUUCCGCAGCCUUCGAGGCAGCCGUGGGACAGUGGUGACGGAGGAUUUUAGCCACUUGCCCCCCGAGCAGCAGAGGAAGCGACUUCAGCAGCAGCUGGAAGAACGCAGUCGUGAACUUCAGAAGGAAGUGGACCAGAGGGAAGCCCUGAAGAAAAUGAAGGACGUCUACGAGAAGACACCCCAGAUGGGGGACCCUGCCAGCUUGGAGCCCCAGAUCACAGAAACCCUGAGCAACAUUGAACGGCUGAAAUUGGAAGUGCAGAAGUAUGAGGCUUGGCUGGCAGAAGCCGAAAGCCGGGUCCUAAGCAACAAGGGGGACAGCCUGGGCCGGCACGCCCGGCCUCCCGACCCCCCAGCCAGCGCCCCACCAGACAGCAGCAGCAACAGCAACGCGUCACAGGACAACAAGGAGAGCUCGGAAGAGCCUCCCUCAGAGGAGGGCCAGGACGCCCCCAUUUACACGGAGUUCGAUGAGGAUUUCGAGGAGGAGCCUGCGUCCCCCAUAGGCCACUGUGUGGCCAUCUACCACUUUGAAGGGUCCAGCGAGGGCACCAUCUCCAUGGCCGAGGGUGAAGGUCUCAGCCUCAUGGAAGAGGACAAAGGCGAUGGCUGGACCCGCGUCAGGCGGAAAGAGGGAGGAGAGGGCUACGUGCCCACCUCCUACCUCCGAGUCACGCUCAACUGAACCCUGCCAGAGGCAGGAAGAGGGGGGCUGUCAUCUGCUGCUUCUGGGCCACGGGGGGCCCCAGGACCUGUGCACUUUAUUUCUGCCCCCGUGGCUUUGGCUGAGACCUGUGUAACCUGCUGCCCCCCUCCCCGAUCCCACGUGUCACUCCGAGUGGACCCGCUGUGCCUUCCACCACCGAUGUACAUACUCGUGUUUCAAAAUCUUUUCUUCCUGCCGCUCGACUUGGGCCGUUUUGUUUUAUAUAUAAAAAAAAAAAUUAGAUAAAGCUC